AUGAAGCUCCUCCUGGACACAAUAUCAGGCAUCCUCUCAAUGUCAAGCCUCGGCAAACAAAAAGGCUGGACCUGCGCACAAAGCAGCGGCGCAACGAACCAAGAUCUCCAAAACGCCGUCGACGAUUUCAGCGUCGUCUUCACGCCCAAUGCCUUAGCCGUCCAACCGAAACACUGCUACUUGUCGAUCUGUGGCCAACACUACUUCAGCUUGUGUAAUUAUGGGUACAAUGGUUCUCUUGAACCCGUGGGGCAGAGGAUACGGGCUAAGGAGUGGGGUCUUCCUGGGGGAAACGGGACGGAAUGUCGUGGGAACUUUGGGGACAAGAUUAAUUAUGAUUGGUACCAGUUUGGGUUGGUGGAUGAGCUGGAGGAGGUUUGGAUGAAUUCGGAGUAUGUACAGGUGAGGGUGUGUAACGGGUCGAUCGCGGAUGGGGACGGGUCGAGUUUAGCUUGA